AUGUCGCACUACGCCCGCGUCGAAGAGCUGUCUGACUCCGAUCCCGAUGAGGUCGCUCCCUCCGACUCGCUGGACCUCGACUCCAUUAUCCAGCCCGCAGUAAUUCCAACCCGGCCGAGUCCACCACCUACGACCACUCCGAUGGCUCAGCAGAUGGCUCAGCAGAUGGCUCAGCAGAUGCCAGAGCCGCAGCGCGAGAUCCCCAAACACUUCCAAUGCCUCUAUCCAGUAUAUUUUGACAAGACCCGCUCGCGCGCGGAGGGCCGCAAGGUCGGCUCGGAGCUUGCUGUGGAGAAUCCUCUGGCUAGAGAUAUCGUGGAUGCUGUGCAGAUGUUGGGGUUGCAGGCCGGCCUGGAACCGGAGAAGCUUCACCCCAAGGAUUGGGCUAACCCUGGCCGAGUACGGGUACUCCUCAAGAACGAAGAUGGACGAUUGGUGAACUCGAAAAUCAAGAAUAAGCAUCACCUCCAUAUUCUCGUUGCCCAGUACCUGAAAGCUCACCCGACCACGGAGCAAUCACCAUACCGCUUGCGAAUUCGUGGUCUGCCCAUGCCCGAGAAGCUUCCUCCCGCUCCUUCCGCUCCGCGUGGGUGGAAAGUUGGCAAGAUCCUACCCAUUCACUCGCCUGCCUACAGCGGCGGCGGUGUCAGCGAUAACCCGUUCAAGGAAGCCAUGGCCGAAAUGCAGAGCAUGCAGGGUAUGCCCGGGAUGCCAUCCAUUCCAGGAAUGCCUGGUAUGCCGGGAAUUGGUGAGCCUUCGGGGACUGGCGCUUCAGAAAAGAAGAAGAAGGACAAGAAGAAGGGUAAGGCCUGA